GCAUCGAAGCGUAACAUGGCAACAUUACAAGGAAAAGGAAACAGAGAAAUCAAGUCUAGGCGACAUAAUGGAGAGUGAGAACAUUACAAGUUUAAAAUGAACUAGUUAAUUACUUUAAUCAACGACGAAGUCAUUUUCAUCCAGAAACAAUGUCGGACAGCGAAGAAAGUGACGGAGAAGGUGGUCUUGGAAAUUUGAACCGGUUGAUAGUCCGACCUCCCGGCCACAGCGGCAAAGCGAAACGCGGUCACUUAUGCUUCGAUGCGGCCUUCGAGUGUGGCAAUUUGGGCCGAGCCGACCACAUCACGGAGUUGGAAUACGACCUGUUCAUCCGACCGGACACCUGCAGGCCAAGGUCGAGGUUCUGGUUCAAUUUCACAGUCGAGAAUGUCAAACAAGACCAGAGAGUAAUAUUUAAUUUAGUUAAUUUGGGAAAGGAAAUGACGUUGUUUAGUGGAGAAAUGACGCCUCUCGUGCGUUCCACGUCACGUCCGAAAUGGCUAAGAAUUCCAAGGCGCUUGAUAUUUUCUCAUCGCUCGCUAGUUCACCGGGGAAGGAAGAUACUGAGCAUAGCGUUUGCUUUCGACAAAGAGGAGGAUGUAUACCAGUUUGCUGCAGCAGCUCCGUAUUCGUAUUCUCGUCUUCAAAAAUACUUGAAUGUUUGGGAGAAAAGGGCUCAGUCUUUUGCUAAGCGAGAGUCUAUUGCGCAAACUACGCAAAAACGAAGAAUAGACCUCAUCACAAUAGGCGAUUUUAAUUUCAAAGAAAAGCAGAAUCACGUUAUAGAUGAACACGUGCCAAAAGGCAAAGGGGGCGAUGUCAAAAAAAGAGUGGUUCUAAUUAUUGCGAGGGCUCACGGGGGGGAGCCACCGGCGUCGUUCAUAUGUCAAGGGUUCUUGGAUUACAUAUUGAGUUCUUCGGAAAAGGCAUUAGCUUUGCGAACCGGCAUUGUUGUACAGGUAAUACCGAUGCUGAAUCCAGACGGUGUGUUCCUCGGCAAUCAUCGGUCUGAUCUGCUCGGCUCCGACCUCAAUCGAUGUUGGAAUCGGGCCACUUCGUUCGCGCAUCCAGCUCUCGUCGCUGUCAACGACCUCGUCAAUAAACUAACCGCAGAAAAGGAUGUCCAGCUUGACUUUAUUAUCGAUAUACACGCCGACAUAAGCCACGAGGGAGUGUUUGUUCACGGAAAUUCCUAUGAUAACGUGUUCCGAUUUGAACGGCACGCAGUACUACCAAAGUUCCUAGCGGCGCGUAUAGAGGCGUGGCACAGUGAUGUCUGCUUUUUCAACGCGGACUCAGGGUUGGCAGGCAGCGCCCGCCGGGCUCUUGGCACCGGCAACAUCGACGCAUACUCGCUAUUAGCAUCACUUGGAGGAAGGAGGCUCAACCCCAGGGGCCCUUUCUUGCAUUACACAGAAGAUGCUUAUGUGAAAAUGGGACGAUCUGUAGUAAAAGCUCUUUGCGAUUAUUAUCGCCACAUAGGAAUAAUUCCUCCAAGAGUUGGUGUCACUACAAAGAAAAAGGAAUCCCGUGGAAGGCGUCGUCGGAGACGACCUGCUAUAGAGCGCGAUCGAUCGCCCAGUUCGUCCCCGGAAAGGCGUGUGUUGCCAGCCCGUGUGCUGUCACCGCCGCUGCCGGUCGCUUCGCCCCCCGCUCUUCGGGCGUUACCGCCCAGAACUUCGCGACACAUUACACAGCGGACUCGUCCAAGAACCGUCCUUGAUAGUGAUCACAUGCUGCCUUUUAUUACAGGUAUUGCUGUGAGGACCCCUCGGCUUUCCGUGGUAGACAUGAGUGCUUACAUCCGGACGGCCCCGUGUGCGGCCGGUCCUCGGCGCGACAAGUCGCAAGCGAGGCUCGCGAAGCCUCCGCGGCCUUCUCAUGCUAGAUACACCAGCGACGAGUACGAUACACAUGACACCGACUCUUAAAUAAAACCCUGUUUAUUGUAAUUUUACUGGAGGUUGUGUCUAUUUAAAGUAAACUUUCAUUCAUAAAUCAAUAUUCUAGUUUUUUUACUUAUUCUUUACUAGUAAAAUAUAAUGAAACAAACAUGACUUUUAUUGAAACAUUAUAAUGUCCAAGCUUUUAUAUUUACAA